UUGGCGAGCCACAUCCUUCUGCAAUCCAACAGCAAAUAUCUUACAUCGUUUCGCACAAAUUCCAUGUUCUACAAACACAAAAAGGAACAGAAGGAACUAAUAUCCAGAGGGUGGUCAAACAUAACCAAAAAUGGAUGCCACCCCGGUUGAAAUUUUCAAAGACGACAAGUGCAUCUUGGCGCUCGCGGAAGACUGUUAUAUGAAUUCUACUUCGCAAUCUGGAUAUGCAGCAGAUCACAAUCUGACUUUUGACUCUGACGGGGAAGAGGAGUCAAUGUCCCCAAUCAUCCCAAUUAUCACAGCUGUGUACUCCGUGGUGUUUGUGGUGGGCUUGGUGGGCAACUGCCUCGUCAUGUAUGUUAUCAUCAGGUACACAAAGAUGAAGACGGCCACCAACAUUUACAUAUUCAACCUGGCUCUGGCCGACGCCCUGGUCACCACGACAAUGCCUUUCCAGAGCACCGACUACCUGUUGAACUCAUGGCCAUUUGGCGAGGUGGUGUGUAAAGUGUUCAUAUCCAUCGACUACUACAACAUGUUCACCAGCAUCUUCACCCUGACCAUGAUGAGUGUGGACCGCUAUGUGGCCGUGUGCCACCCGGUCAAAGCCCUGGACUUCCGGACUCCCAUCAAUGCCAAGAUGAUCAAUGUGUGUAUCUGGAUGCUGUCCUCGGCAGCAGGGAUACCAGCACUGCUACUGGGGGGCACCCAGACCAACAAUGGUACCACGGAGUGUGCCUUACAAUUCCCCGAGCCGUACGUGUACUGGGACACCCUGAUGAAGAUCUGUGUGUUUGUGUUUGCCUUCGUGGUGCCUGUGCUCAUCAUCACCGUGUGCUACUCCCUCAUGGUGCUACGACUCAAGAGCGUGCGUCUCCUCUCUGGCUCCCGAGAGAAGGACCGCAACCUGCGACGCAUCACCCGCCUGGUCAUGGUGGUGGUGGUGGUGUUCGUAGUGUGCUGGACGCCCAUCCACAUCUUCAUCCUGGUCAAGGCGCUGGUGAGCGUUCCCGAGACCACCGCCGUCAUGGCCGCCUACUUCUUCUGCGUAGCGUUGGGCUACACCAACAGCAGCCUCAACCCCGUCCUCUACGCAUUCCUGGAUGAGAACUUCAAGAGGUGCUUCAGGGACUUCUGUGUCCCGACAAAGCUGAAGAAGGGGGACAAGGGGUCGGGUAAAAACAACACCGUAAGGUCCCGGGAGGCACCGGUUCCACUGGAGAACCCACAUGGGACUAUAAGUCCGGCAUGACUAGCCAUGGAAAUGUCUUUCAUUUCCCAAGUUGGAAAGGAAGACUCUACUGAUCUGGGCCUAACCCAGGCGACAUCAGGAAUGUGAGCACAGCAGUGCUACUGUUCCUCUCUGUAAAUAGCUCACACUAGAUGACUGGUGUUCCAUUGGUUCUCUUUCAGUUAUUCGUUUCGAUAUCUCACAAAGGGAUUUGCUAGGAUCACCUACUCUCUGAAGAAUCUAUCAAAAGCGGCUGUUGGAGACAGAGCCAUAGAGUGGUGAAUGAGGUGAGCCCCUCACCUCCUUUAAAGGAGCCACUCUCCCGCUCUCUGGUUAUUCUUGCCUCUCUUCCAAAUGAAGAGUAUUACUCUCUAGGUCACCUCAGAUCAACAGGAUCCCUGUUUUCCUGCUUAACGGCUCACAAGUGAACCGUGAAGGAUAUCGCUUCUGAGCGUAGGUCUUCAGACCCUGUCAAGAGGUUGAGUACUGACCGAAAGGUUUGUGUUUUGUGCAGAAAUUUAUUUUCUACUUCUCAGUCUCCAUUGGUAGCUAGCUUCAUGGCUAUUGAAACUCGGUUAGCCCACGCUGCAAGGCUAACUUAGCUAACUUGGCUAGCUCGCUUAGAGCCAAGCUAACCUCACUAGCAUAUCCUACCUGCAACACCGUAGCAUUGCUAGCUCCCUUCUCUCGUCUAGUUUAACCUACGUUC